UCGUUGUCUUUCGCUCGACUAUCGACAUAAUUUGCUUCGAUGAGCGGUGGUCCAAGGAUACUAGAGAGAGGAGCCGAGACUGAUUGCUCGUGUAUGCCGGCAUAGGAGCGGCGUUCGUCGUGCCCCAUGAGGAGGGAGCAUUGACAGAGGGCCCUUGCGGAGGUCACGCCAUUGCUGUUCCAGAAGAUCCUCUUGUGCGGCUGUUUGGCUGAGGAAAGCAGUCUCCAAGGAGUGCCAAGCUUCGUGGGACGUCUUGGCAGAAAGGAUGGUGACGCCAAUAUCUUCAGUCACUGCAAGCAUAAUACAGACUGAUGCCGCAAAAUGAGUCCACAAAGGUUUCAUGAAUGGGCCAAAGUUUGACGUUCUCACUGGAAAGCUCAAAAGGCUUGACCCUCACAUUAGAGCUUCGUAUCGCAAGUUCUUGGAGUUGAAUCAAGAUGUCCUAGCUUGGACAAUGGCCGUUGAUGGUCUCUUCUUGUUUGAUUUCCUUUGUCGGAACGGGAUCAAGAAGGAUUUCCUCAAGUCUUCAGAGCAUUUGAAAUUCUUGGCCGAUUCCACGGGAAGGAAGCUGGCAGAAGAUGCAAUUAUGAGGGACCCGAUGAUGCUCGAGAACCAGAUCCCAAUCUUUGUAUUAGAGAAGCUCUUGACCCUUGAGUGCCCUGGGAAUUGGAAAAUCGUCAAGGAAAUCUUCCCGCAGAUUUUGGUGGGUUUCUGCGAGCGUCUCUCGCCCAUCAAAUUCCUAUGCUCGGCAUUCUCAGUGGAAAAGGCUCUCAAGAGCGCACAUUUGUUAGAUCUUUUGUAUAACAUCAUCAUGCAGAAGGAAGGGGAAUGCAGAGUCGAAAUUCCUGAUGACAUAUUCAUCGAGGAGGACAAAGAAGUGAAAUUUCCUCAUGAGAGCGAUCUUAAUGAAAGGGAUUUUUAUGAAAGGGCCGAUAGGGCCUUAGAAAUUGUGGGAAGCAUUCCCCUCACAGGUCAUAUAAUGAAACCCCACGUUGAGCUGAUCAGAGGCUUGAUGAAGCUCCCAAUUUCUGAUGUGACAUCAAGUGUAUCAGCUGCCUGGGCCAAAGCUCCGGUCACCAGCCAGAACCUAAUCCCAACCGCUACUUCCCUCUCCAAAGCUGGCAUUAAGUUCUGCAAAACCGACAACAUAAAGUCCAUCCAGUUUGACAAGGAGACUGCCAUGUUCUUUCUUCCCAUGAUCGAACUAGGAGUCAACUCAGAGGUCAUAAUUCGAAACCUCAUAGCUUAUGAGGCGAUGGCAAACAUGUCAAGCUUGAAAUUUGCCCAAUACAUCGAGCUUAUGGACGGGAUCAUAGACACUGAGGAUGACGUCAAGUUGCUCGUCAAGAACGGGAUCAUAGUGAGCAAUCUCAAGGACGGAGAAGUCGCAAAGUUGUUCAACAAGAUGAGCAAGUCGAUCGAGUUGCCUAUAGAUUCAGAGAUGGAUGAGACUAUUAAAGGGGUGAAGAACUUCUAUAAUGAAUCUGCGAGAAUAAAACGAAUGAAGUUGUUGAAUGAGUAUCUGCAUCGGUUUUGGAGGAUACUCGCACUGCUUGGGGCGGUCAUUCUCUUGCUGCUGAUGGCCCUCCAGACAGUUUGUUCGGCAUAUAGCUGCCCUCGCCUCUUCAUGUCAUCAGGCAGCUCUUAGAUCACUUGUUAAAAAUUAUUGAUCAUACAUUAUUACAGCUUUCCUUUUCUUAUCAAAGACUAAGAAACUCCCGUAUGAAGGUUAUUUCUAUUUUUUUUCUUGGGUAAAACCAUGGGUAUCAUCAGCCGAAUGGUUGAGGCUAAUUAAUCCCGUGCAGGUGUUGGUUUGGUCCUAGCUGUCUAAUUUAGUCUUUUGUAAUGGUUUGUGUAACACGGAAUUCAAGAAAUGCCUCUGUUUGAAGACUUGUACUGCUAAUAUGA